AUGAGCAAAAAAUGCUACUGGAUCACGGGCAAUGAAAUGGCCCCGGGCUUCCAGCCCUGCAACCCGGACGCCGACAACAGUCCCUGCUGCAUGCUCGGCAAGGCGAACCCGGACAUCUGCAUGUCCUCGGGCGUCUGCUACUCCCAGACCGACGACUACGAGGGCUAUAUGUACAUCAACGGAUGCACCGACAAGACGGGCAAGGCGAAGGAGUGCCCGAAAAUGUGCAACCCUCGCGCGAACAGCCUGGAUGUGCUGGAGUGCGGACGCGGCGUCUACUGCUGCCGCGACUUUGGCACCACGGGGAACUGCUGCACUGACUCGAGCGCGCUGCUCACGACGGGCCUGGGGAAGAUGCAGCUCGCCGCCAAGACGGUGACAGUGUCGUCGGGCGUGGCGGCGGCCGCGACGACAUCCGCUGGGACGACGACAUCCGCAGGGACGACGACGACGCCACCGGCGGCGGCGACAUCUGGGGUGAACGCGUCAGCGACGGAGUGCCCAAAGAGCAACGCGGCCGUCAUCGGCGGCGCGGUCGGCGGGACGCUCGGUGCGGCGCUGCUGGCGUCGCUGGCCGCGCUGGCGCUCCUGUACAAGAGGCGGUCGAGCGGAUACAAGAACGCGAACGCGGCGGCGGGUGCGGCCCCGGGCGAAAGCAGCUACGAUGAUCACAAGGUCCAGAGCCCGGGUCGGUAUACGUACGGUAGUCCAGCGACGCAGCACCCUGCCACCGAGUUGCCGCCUCAACAACCUGUGCAUGAGAUGGGGCACUAG